ACUACUACUACUUAUUCACCCAACCCUUACCUGACCUUAUCCUAUGCCAUGUUUCAUCAUACGCCUGUCCACGUGCUCCCACGAUAGAUAUAUGUGACUUAUAGCCUCGAAUAUUUUGUUUCUUAUACUUGUUCUCUUCCUAUUGCCAUGUCUAACAUUACAUCUGUGACUUUUUUUCGCCGGAGGAAUGGAAAAGUGUAAAUUUCUUUUUUCUCUUUUCUUCUCUACCGCUUUAGAUGCUCCUCUUUUGCGAAUGUGAACAGCGAGACUUGCUCUUAUUCCUUUCUUUGUAUCUUCCUUGCUUCCUGAUUAUUGAUCGUGAGAGAGAAAAAGCAGAAGCAGAAUUGGAUAGAUUGCUCCACAGCGAUAGCAAGUUCGAUGAGACGACCCCGAUUGGUUCCCAAAUAGAUAUGUUACUUUUCCUAUUGUUUCUUCGUGUUACUCUUAGACAUUUCGACAGCUUGUAUGCUGCAUUUUUUGAUCAAGCGGUGGAAAAGAACGAAUAGAAGUAUGUCUCAGGAUAAGUCACCUAAGUGUACUGCAUGUUCAGGCAGUGAUGUAUUUUUUGACUUCAAAUCUAUCACCAAGUACAAACGCGGUGUCUUC